GUGGCGCAAGCUCCGAUCUUCCUAAUUUGUUAUUAAGGGCGAGACGCAAACAGAGCGAACUUUACGCACUGUACCGGACGUUGUAAGCAUUUAAUACCUGCCUGUAAGGCGGGCGAGAGAGGCAACCUGCGUGAUUUUCUCCCUUGUUAAAAGGAGACAUUUGACAAGGGAGCUGUGAUGCCAGUUGCUGACAGCGACAUGGUAGUGGACAACAGCCAUGCGUUAUACGAGGGUAAAACCCCAAACAGUGCCGGGAAUGACUGCAUUCUCCCGGCAUCACUGUGCAGUCCUGCGGCAGACAUCCUCAAGAACUUUUACCACACCAAACGGGUCGGGAACUAUCUGAUUGGGAGGAAACUGGGAGAAGGAUCGUUCGCCAAAGUUAGAGAGGGUCUCCAUGCCAUGACAGGGGAGAAGGUGGCAGUGAAGGUGAUCGACAAGCGCAAGGCCAAGAAGGACUCAUAUGUGACCAAGAACCUGCGGAGGGAGGGCCACAUCCAGCAGAUGAUCCGCCACCCCAACAUCACGCAGCUGCUGGACAUCCUUCAGACAGAAAACAGUUACUACCUAGUGAUGGAGCUGUGUCCUGGCGGGAACCUCAUGAACUGCAUCUAUGACAAGAAACGCCUGGACGAGAGGGAGACUCAGAAAUACAUUCGUCAGCUGGUGCUGGCUGUGGAACACCUUCACAGGGCCGGUGUGGUGCAUAGGGAUCUGAAGAUAGAAAACCUCCUGUUGGAUGAGCAGGACAACAUAAAGCUCAUAGAUUUUGGCCUGAGCAACUGUGCUGGCAUCUUAGGAUACUCAGAUCCAUUCAGCACCCAGUGGAGUCCAGCCUAUGCUGCGCCGGAGCUGCUCUCCAGGAAGAAGUAUGGGCCAAAAGUGGAUGUCUGGUCCAUUGGGGUGAACAUGUAUGCGAUGUUGACUGGGACUCUCCCGUUCACUGUGGAGCCCUUCAGUCUCCGAGCCCUGCACCAAAAGAUGGUGGACAAGGAGAUGAACCCUCUACCUCCCUCACUCUCCACAGCUGCCAUCUGCCUUCUGAAGAAGCUUCUUGAGCCUGAUCCCAACAAGCGUCCCAAUAUUCAUCAGGUGAUGGCCGACUCCUGGCUGCAGCUGGCCAACAAGAACACAGGGGCACCGUACCUCAACAGGAUUCACAUUGAGGAAAUAAACCACACAGUGUUGCUGCAUAUGACCGAGAAGAUGGGCUACAAGCAUAGCGAGGUGCUAAGUGCCGUCCUCACCAACCGAGCCUGCCACACUCUGGCUGUCUACUUCCUGCUCAACAAGAAAAUGAAAAGGCUUUCUAAAGAGUACAGGGAGAUGCAGUUCCAGGAGAAAAAGAAGGGAGAAAAGCAGAAGAAUGAAUACUUUCAGACCCAGUGGAGGAAGCAUGUCGACAAGCUCACCAUACCGCCCAAGCAGACGCCCGUCUACCUGGCUGUUAGCAAGGGGCCCAGCAAGGAGAAGAAACACAGAACAGGUCUAUUGCGUGCCAUAACUGGUGGCCAUCGUAACUCACCUCUAGCGCCACCUGGCACUGUUGCCUCUUCCUCGAUGGAAUAUCUUGAGAUCCAUCCCCUCUUCCCUAACACGCCACAGCAACGGAGGCGCCUGGCCACCCUCCCGCAAGUUAACACGAGCCCGGAACACAACAUUCCUGCUCCACCAGCGCCAUCGCCGAUCGGCAUGCAUUCCUUCGGCUCCCUCUCCAAAGCCGAGCAAAUUGAGGACACCCCCGCUUCACCGUGGUACAAGCUGACCAACGGGACUUUGUCCCCGCCCCGCCACGUCUCUGCUUUCCAACCUGACUCCUCAUACUUGAAGAAGGCUACGAUCCCCAGUCCUCCUGUCCUCAUCGUCAACCCGCAGCCCAAGAAGAGCAUUUCCUCAGAUUGGUGCGGUUCUUCUGACACCAGUGGCAGCCCCCCCAGCACUGUAGGAAGCCCCCCAGGUAGCUCAGCUUUCAGCCCCCCGAAGUCCGCAUUCAGUCCUUUGAACCCCACCUCAGCAUUCAGUCCUCCGUCCAACAGCAGCAGCAGUGAUCCCGACAGUCCGACACACCGUAGCAAGUUCCCCUCAAUGGGGAUUGGACAGAUUCUGAAGAAGAAGGUUCAGCUGCAGCCAUUUUCCUUCCGACCAGAACAGGUCGUUGAAGAAGUGGUGUCCCCACCUCCCUACCCCAUGCAGACUCUCCUCUGUGCUUCAGGUGCACUCAAGACCCUCUGCUGA